UUUGGGACAUACAUACAUAUGUAUGCACACAAUUUGCCAAAUAAAUCUCAGUUCAUGCAAAUACUUUCAAGUAACAAAAAUCAACCGGUCCCAUUGUAACUUUACUUUCAAUAUAAUUUUCUAAAUUGCAAAAUUAUGUUGUUCCAAUCUUCCCAAAUAAUAUUUUCCUCAAUUUUCUUACUACUUUUUAUAAUUGGUAACUCUUCCCAAGAAGAUUUAAAUCUUACCAAAUCACAAAAAUCCAAGCUGGAGAAGUUCAAGCAUGGAGUUUCUAACAUAAAGUUUCCUCAUGAAUGGAUGAGAGAUGAGUUAAAUCUGCUUCGAUAUUUGAGAACUAGAAAAUGGGAUGAGCAACGCGCUAAGGACAUGAUAACAGAGACCAUAAAAUGGUGGAAGGCGUCCAACAUGGAUAACAUCCACAAAGAAGAUUGGUCUUCUUAUGAGAAGGAUUAUCCCAUUUAUUUGGAUGGCGUCGACAAAAACGGACAACCAAUUUUUGCCUAUGCAAUUGGGGAAUGGGAUUUACGCCAGGCCGUGGUUCAAGGCAGGCUGAAAGGUGUGAUUCGGUGGAUGUUUAAGCGAAGAGAUGAGAUUCACGCAAAGGUGAGAGAACUUCAACGACAGGGACAAAUCAAUGGGACGCAGUGGAAUCUGGUUGUAAAUUUGGACAAGUUUAAUUCCAAACAACAUUUAUGCGCCCAAUGUCUUCGACUUUAUACGGAUUGGGUGACUACAUUGGAAGCACAUUAUCCUUCCUCACAAGACAAAAUUUUCGUGAUAAAUUCACCAUCAACCUUUCAAGUCGUCAUGAAUCUGAUCCGGCCUUUGCUCACCCCGUCGACAAGGAAUGCAAUUAAGAUUCUUGGAACAAAUAUGAACGAGUGGUCGAAUACUUUAUUUGCAGAAAUUGCGAGGGAUCAACUUCCAGAAGGUUUCGGAGGAACUAGAAAUUAUACACUGCAUUUUUAAGUACAGAGUAUAAUUUUUCAUAAUGACCACCUAAAAGUGCGAGCAAACAAUCAGACUACGUUUUGAUUUGUUAAAGCGAUAAUUAUUUGAGUGAAAAUAUUAUUUUAGUCGUGCAUGCAUUUGAGAUCACUGAAAUGUUAUCGUACAUUCAAGUACACAUGCAUUUGCAUCAAUAACGGUAAUACCAAAAUGUGAGUAAAUAAUUUUAAUAAAAAGACUAAGAUAAAUCUACAUUUGGCGUCAUACAAAUAAAUACGUACUAUAUUCAUGAAUAUAAA